AUGACGGAGACGGCGGAUACCGGGCUCAUGGCGGGCGUUGCUCGAGAUCUCCUGCAGACGAGUCCUGCCGGCGGUGACCUCUUCCAGAGCGCAGGGACGCCGCCCCCGGACUGCAGCCCUGAGCCGGGCCCACGAGGAAGACGCUCCUGCCUCUCUGUUGCCUCCUGGGGAGUGGCCCGAAGCUGUGGCUUACUCCGGCUUUGCUCAUUCCUUAAUUUGAGUGUGGAGCUGGGUGUGGGGCAGAGGUCACAGCCACCGUCUCCCCACGACGCACAGGUACCUCGAGAGGCAGUGGCAGAAAAGCCAGCGCGGGCAGCGGAACGGGAGGCCCGGGCCCUGUUGGAGAAGAGCAGAUCUUACCAGCUUCUGGAAGACAGCGAGGACGGCGGCGAGGAGACCGUGGGGAAGGCAGGGAACAGCCUGCGGAAGAAGCGGAAGAAGCGGAAGCACCUCAGGAAGAAAAGACCGGAGGAGGAGGAGGAGGAGGAGGAGGAGGAGCAGGAGCAGGAGCAGGAGCAGGAGCGGGAGGCGGUUUCCGAGAGCGGGAAGAAGACAGCGGGGAGCCGGCGGCAGGCAGAGAAGACACCGGAGUCGGAGGAUGAGUGGGAGCGGACCGAGCGCUUGCGGCUGCAGGACCUGGAGGAGCGGGACGCCUUUGCCGAGCGGGUGCGGCAGCGGGACAAGGAUCGGACACGCAAUGUCCUGGAGCGGUCCGAUAAGAAGGCUUAUGAAGAGGCUCAGAAGCGUCUCAAGAUGGCCGAGGAGGACCGGAAAGCUAUGGUUCCUGAGCUGCGGAAGAAGUCCCGCCGUGAGUACUUGGCGAAGCGGGAGCGCGAGAAGCUGGAGGACCUGGAGGCCGAGUUGGCUGACGAGGAGUUCCUCUUCGGCGACGUGGAGCUGAGCCGCCACGAGCUCCGGGAGCUCAAGUACAAGCGGCGGGUGCGGGACCUGGCCCGGGAGUACCGGGCGGCCGGGGAGCAGGAGAAGCUGGAGGCCACCAACCGCUACCACAUGCCCAAGGAGACCCGCGGACAGCCAGCGCGAGCUGUGGACCUGGUGGAGGAGGAGUCAGGCGCCCCCGGGGAGGAGCAGCGGCGCUGGGAGGAGGCCCGCCUGGGGGCAGCAUCCCUGAAGUUUGGGGCCCGAGACGCCACCUCGCAGGAGCCCAGGUACCAGCUGGUGCUGGAGGAGGAGGAGACCAUCGAGUUCGUGCGCGCCACCCAGCUGCAGGGCGACGAGGAGCCCACAGCUCCGCCCGCCUCAGCCCAGGCCCAGCAGAAGGAGUCCAUCCAGGCGGUGCGCCGCAGUCUCCCUGUGUUCCCCUUCCGGGAGGAGCUCCUGGCCGCCAUCGCAGACCACCAGGUCCUCAUCAUCGAAGGCGAGACAGGCUCGGGGAAGACCACCCAGAUCCCGCAGUACCUCUUCGAGGAGGGUUACACGAAGAAGGGUAUGAAGAUCGCCUGCACCCAGCCCCGCAGAGUGGCAGCCAUGAGUGUGGCUGCCCGCGUGGCCCGGGAGAUGGGUGUGAAGCUCGGGAAUGAGGUCGGCUACAGCAUCCGCUUUGAGGACUGCACGUCAGAGCGGACGGUCCUCCGCUACAUGACAGACGGGAUGCUGCUCCGCGAGUUCCUCUCCGAGCCGGACCUGGCAAGUUACAGUGUGGUGAUGGUGGACGAGGCCCAUGAGCGGACCCUGCACACAGAUAUUCUCUUCGGGUUAAUCAAGGAUGUUGCUCGCUUCCGGCCUGAGCUCAAGGUCCUGGUAGCUUCGGCCACGCUGGACACUGCCCGAUUUUCCACCUUCUUUGAUGAUGCCCCCAUCUUCCGAAUUCCGGGUCGCAGGUUUCCUGUGGACAUCUUUUAUACCAAGGCUCCUGAGGCAGACUACCUAGAAGCCUGUGUGGUGUCGGUGCUGCAGAUCCACGUGACGCAGCCCCCCGGGGACAUCUUGGUGUUCCUGACAGGGCAGGAGGAGAUCGAGGCAGCCUGUGAGAUGCUCCAGGACCGCUGCCGCCGCCUGGGCUCCAAGAUCCGUGAGCUCCUGGUGCUGCCCAUCUAUGCCAACCUGCCCUCAGACAUGCAGGCCCGCAUCUUCCAGCCCACGCCACCCGGGGCCCGCAAGGUGGUUGUGGCAACAAACAUUGCCGAGACCUCGCUCACCAUUGAGGGCAUCAUUUACGUGCUAGACCCAGGAUUCUGCAAGCAGAAGAGCUACAACCCACGCACAGGCAUGGAGUCACUCACGGUCACGCCCUGCAGCAAGGCCUCUGCCAACCAGCGGGCUGGCCGGGCGGGCCGAGUGGCUGCAGGGAAGUGCUUCCGCCUGUACACAGCCUGGGCCUAUCAACACGAGCUGGAGGAGACCACGGUGCCUGAGAUCCAGAGGACCAGCCUGGGCAAUGUUGUGCUGCUGCUCAAGAGCUUGGGGAUCCAUGAUCUGAUGCACUUUGAUUUCCUGGACCCCCCACCAUAUGAGACCCUGCUGCUGGCUCUGGAGCAACUGUACGCCCUGGGAGCACUCAACCACCUUGGGGAGCUAACCACGUCUGGGCGGAAGAUGGCAGAGCUGCCGGUGGACCCCAUGCUGUCUAAAAUGAUCCUGGCCUCGGAGAAGUACAGCUGUUCAGAGGAGAUCCUGACAGUGGCCGCCAUGCUCUCUGUCAACAACUCCAUCUUCUACCGACCCAAGGACAAGGUCGUUCAUGCCGACAAUGCUCGAGUCAACUUCUUCCUCCCUGGCGGCGACCACCUCGUUCUGUUGAACGUGUACACGCAGUGGGCUGAGAGUGGCUAUUCCUCUCAGUGGUGUUACGAGAACUUCGUGCAGUUCCGCUCCAUGCGCCGAGCCCGGGACGUGCGGGAGCAGCUAGAGGGGCUCCUGGAGCGUGUGGAGGUGGGGCUCAGCUCCUGCCAGGGGGACUACAUCCGUGUGCGCAAGGCCAUCACUGCCGGGUACUUCUACCACACAGCGCGGCUGACACGCAGCGGCUACCGCACAGUCAAACAGCAGCAGACAGUGUUCAUUCAUCCCAACUCCUCCCUGUUUGAGCAGCAGCCUCGCUGGCUGCUCUACCACGAACUUGUCUUGACCACAAAGGAGUUCAUGCGACAGGUGCUGGAGAUUGAGAGCAGCUGGCUUCUGGAAGUGGCUCCUCACUAUUACAAGGCUAAGGAACUAGAAGAUCCCCAUGCUAAGAAAAUGCCCAAAAAAGUAGGCAAGACACGAGAAGAGCUGGGGUAGAGAAGGGGACAUGAAUGGAACCCAACAGCAGCUCCUCCUUUUCUUUCUAUACAUUGUUUUAGUAUCUAUUAAAUAAAAUUA